AUGGAGGAGAACGAGCUUGCUGCGUUCAGGGAGCGUUGGAAACAAGAGUUGAGCGGUAAAAAUGAAGAUAAUCGACACGUUUGUGCUGCUUCUUCCUCCCGAGGCGUUUCUAACCAGUUAAGGAAGACAGGUGAUGGGCAAAAGGAUGAGACAGACACGAAGGAUCAGCCCGAGUAUGUGUCCAUCGCACGCAGUCUGCUGGACGGGAGGACCAGUCCUCUGCUGGACAGGAUUCAGGAGGAGAGAACCAGGAGGAAGAGGCUGUACCAUCACAUCACCGACGCCUGCAGCGCAUCCCUGCAGCUGCAGAAACAGCCUGAGAGGAAGCAGAAAAAGGAAGAGGAGCUGGUGGAUCAGCUGAUCCACGAUCUGAAUGAAGUCAAUGACAUCCCCUUCUUUGACAUCGAGUUGCCGUACGAGUUAGCCCUGAAGAUAUUCCAGUACCUCAACCGUGUUGAACUCGGCCGCUGUGCUCAGGUGAGCAGGGCAUGGCGGGUCCUUGCUGAGGACGACGUUCUGUGGUUCAGGAUGUGCCAGAGGGAGGGGUACCAUCAGGAUGCCAGCGUGUCUGACUCCCCCUGCUGGAAGAGCACCCUGCGAGACUACAGACACUCGGCCAGAACGGUUCGCUCCAACUGGAAGAAUCGGGUGGGAUCCGUCAGGCAGCUGCAGUUCGAGCUGGGGAAGGUGCUGUGUGACGUCAGCUCGUGCGACGGCUUCGUCUUGGCUGGGUACACAUCGGGCGACGUGAGGCUUUGGGAUACGCUCCACUGGGACUCGGCGGCAUCCUACCUGAAGACCAACAGUCUGUCGGCUAAUACAAACCCCAGACCACACGCUAGUCACGUCCAGGUGAACAGCACGGUGGCUGCUGCUGCUUACGAAGAUGGCUGUGUAGACCUGUGGAGCACAGAGACAGGAGGAGAGCCCAUCCAUCAUUACCAGGUCCCAGGAAGGAUCCAGGCUUUGGCUCUGAGUCCAGACACUCCCGCCCUGGUGUCGGCUACGGGAUCAGACGUCCGGCUCGACUGCGCUACUGACUGUGGCUACUGGAGGACCGCCUGCCAGGUCCAUCUAUCCAAAACUGUGGAGAGCCUGGUUCUGGUCCCAGACAGGCCCAAGCAGUCACCGCUGAUGGUUUUAGCAGCAGGAGAAGACGUCCACCUGUUGAACCCCCGAGAGGAGCAGCCACAGACGCUCCACUCCGUCUACGGUCACCCUGUCACCUGUCUGGAUGCCUCCAACCUGCUCGCUGCCUUUGGGGUGAAGCGUACAGGCUGGGCCAUGCAUGACGGCGGCAACAAGAUCCACGUCUACUGCUUAGAGACGGGCAAACCGACCGUUCGUGUCGGCAGCUCGCCGGGAGAUUUCACCUGCAUCGACCUGAGAAACAGCCCUCCUCAUCUGCUGGUGUGUGGAAACAAGGACAGGAGGGUGAGAGUGUUUGACCUGCGAACCGGCACCUCCGUGGCAUCCCUGUACGCCCACCACCUGGGUGUCUCCUCCGUUCAGACGGACGACUGGAAGAUCGUGAGCGGCGGAGAAGAAGGGCUGGUGUGUGUGUGGGAGAUGAGGAUGGGAGCCAAGCUCUGGGAGACGCACAACAGGCAUCCCGUACGUCACGUACGCUUCAACACCAGCACGCUGGUCACAGCCAACAUCCCUGAUGACAAGUCGCCUCGGGGGGCGUGCAUCACCGACGAUGACCUUACAGCUCAUCGCAGGCACCGGGGAGUCGUGUGCCUUUACGACUUCUCUGAGGAUGCCCUGUCCCAGGAUAACAUCCUACCCAUCUGUAGGUCCAACUACACCGAGUCGUACGGCUACAACUACAACAUUAACCUGACGGUGCCCUACGACAGGCUGUCUGGCUCCCACCCGUCUCACUGACCUACAAUAACAUCCUUAAUUAUGGGACUGAAUGGAGAAACAUCAUGUUGGAAAAUCUUCAGCUGACUUUUUAUUUUUAUUUUAAUCAUAUUUCUUACAAACCUUCCAUACUUAUGAAACUUUGGUGAAAUUUCUGCAACACAGCUGUAAUAAAAAACUCAUUUCUUUCUUGUUUCAUAUAAAAAAAUGAUUUUUUUGUAGCUUUUCUGCUAAAUCCAGACGUUCAUUUACCACAUUUAUUAUGUCCAUGCAUGCCGAUGAUCUAUAUCUCAUCUUGAUAACAAUCAGAACUGGUUGGUGUUACAAGAGCAGCAGCUGGACGUUGAGUCUCAGAGAAAAACACAGAUGAGUUUUCUAUUUUGGCGCUGCAGAGGAAUGUCGUGUGCCUGCAUGCUUCAGAUGAUCCGUGAGCCACGGGGCAGGACUUUGUCUAACGACAGAGCCUUUUGUAAAUCCUUCAAGCUGUUUAUAGCCGAAGAGUUCAAGCGUCUUCGAUCAAGUGUUUGAAAUAUCAAGGAUAAAAAGACUCAGAAAUAUGCUAAAUGCACGCCUCAUGGUCACGAAACUCCAUAACUUAAGCUGCAAACGGAGUUAUUUAGGCACAGAGACACUCGGUUAAGUUUUAAAUACUUCGUCAAACAUGUACAUUUAGGAUCGUUGGUGUAAAAAUAAACAUUUUCCUCUGAUUAAAACA